CUUUUGGACAUUGGUUGUUUGUCAGUCUUUUAUGUUCAGUUUAUUGGAACGUACGUUCUUUUGGUCUCUCAGUUUUCGGUGUUUUCCUUUCUUGUUGCCGAUUGUUUGUUGCCUGUUGAACACCCAAGUUGGUAUGGUCUUUCAUUGAUUCUGCUAUGGUUUUUAUUCAAUGGGUCAAUCGAGUAUGCCUGCAAGAAAACAAAUCUCAGGAGGAGUUCUAUAUGGUGGCAUUUCGGAGAAUGCCAUGCAAGAUGAUGUUGUCCACUAUUGGAGUGUUGAUUCAGGUCGUAUUGUGCCUUGGUGACCAGGAAAAUCAAGACUUUCCUUCAGCCACUAAUGGUCAGAUGUUCCCGUGGAACAAGAUGAGGCUGCCUGACAAGGUCGUUCCACUCCACUACGAUCUUCGGAUACACCCAAAUUUGACCACUUCAAACUUCACAGGAUUAACUAAGAUACAAGUUCUUGUCAGAAAAGAAACCAGCACCAUCAUCCUCCAUGCCAAGCACAUGGAUAUCAGUGGGGCAACUAUUGCAUUAACCAGGGAUGGAGUUACAUAUCCGGAGAGGACUUUGAACAUUUUAGAAUACCCACCUUUUGAGCAAAUAGCACUGGAGAAUGCUGAGCCUCUGAGUAGUGGAGAGACAUACGUCAUUAACAUUUAUUAUACUGCUAAUCUAUCACAUGGGUUUAGUGGUUUUUAUAAGACUAGUUAUAAAACACAUGAAGGGGAAAAAAGAAUUCUUGCUUCAACCCAGUUCGAAAGCACUUCAGCACGAAUGGCAUUUCCUUGUUUCGAUGAACCAGCUUUCAAAGCCAAUUUUUCAAUCAGGAUUAAAAGAGAGAAGCAACAUAUUGCACUGUCCAACAUGCCCAUUAUUAAGUCUUUGCCAACAGCAGAGGGACUUUUUGAAGAUCACUUCGAUGUGAGUGUGAGGAUGAGCACGUACUUAGUGGCAUUCAUUGUUUGUGAUUUUAAAUCUAUCAGUGCAGUAACGUCAACAGGAAUUAAGGUGUCUAUAUAUGCUGCUCCAGAUAAAUUGAAUCAAACACAUUAUGCUCUGGAGGCAGCAGUGAAACUACUGGACUUUUAUGAACAUUACUUCAAUAUCUGCUACCCCCUUCCAAAGUAUGAUCUAGUUGCUAUCCCUGAUUUUGAGGUGGAAGCCAUGGAAAACUGGGGAUUGACCAUUUACAGGGAGACUGCACUACUCUAUCACCCAGCAACCUCCUCACAAUCAGACAGGGUGUGGAUUACCAUGGUGGUAAGCCAUGAAAUGGCACAUCAGUGGUUUGGUGAUUUGGUGACAAUGGAAUGGUGGAAUGACAUCUGGCUGAAUGAAGGGUUUGCCACUUAUAUGGAGUAUGUCUCUAAUGAUGCCACCUACCCUGAUUUGCAAGUUGGUGAUCAGUUUUUGGACUUAUGUUUUGACGCUAUGGGAAGAGACGCAACGAAAACCUCCCAUCCCAUAUCUACUCUGGCAGACAGCCCUACUCAGAUUAAGGAAAUGUUUGAUGCCAUUUCUUAUUACAAGGGAGCAUGCAUUCUGCACAUGUUGAGAAAUUUUUUGCCAGAUGAGGUUUUCCAAUCUGGCCUGGUUCAUUACCUUCGAAAAUACAGUUAUGGGAAUACCAAGAGUGAAGAUCUGUGGAACUGUUUGACCGAGCAACACUAUGCAGGAGAACAUUUAGACAUCAAGGAGAUUAUGAACACUUGGACACUCCAGAAGGGAAUACCAGUGAUAACUGUUGAACAUUAUGGAUCUUCAGUCAGAAUACAACAAGAGCGCUUUCUUAAGGAAAUUCUCCCAGACGAUCCCUCAUGGGCCAUGCUACAAUCUGGCUACCUCUGGCAAGUACCAUUAACUUAUAUCACAAGUGAUUCUCAAGCAGUUGGUAGACAUCUUCUGAAAACAAAAUCUGAUCACAUUGAACUAGAAAGUGAAGCUCAAUGGAUAAAAUUUAAUGUGGACAUAAAUGGCUAUUAUAUUGUACAUUACACGAAUGAUGGAUGGGAUGCAUUGAUUAAUCUGCUCGAUCAGAACCACACACGUCUGAGCCAGAAGGACCGAGUAAAUCUGAUUCAUAAUGCUUUCCAGCUAGUCAGUGCAGGAAAGCUGUCAGUUGACCGAGCCUUGAACUUGACUCGUUACCUCAAUCGAGAGAGUAAGAGCAUCCCACUAUUACACGGUUUGGGUAACCUAGAGGUACUUUACAGAAAGGUUGUAAAAAGAAAUAUCACUGACGUUGCCACAAAUCUAAAGAACUACAUCUUGAAGUUUUUCAAGCAUCUGAUUGAUAAGCAGUCAUGGGAUGAUGCUGAAACCAUGUCAGAUCCACUGUUACGGACCAAACUCCUGAAAGCUGCUUGUGACCUUGAAUACCAUCCUUGUGUUCAGAAGGCUUCUGAUUAUUUUAAUCAGUGGAGGACGUCCAAUGGUACCAUGAAAUUGCCAACCGAUGUCACGGACAUUAUAUACUCCGUAGGUGCCCAGAGCAGUGAUGGAUGGGACUAUCUCCUGACAAAAUACAUGCAAUCAUUUUCGGUUGCUGAAGAAAGUAAAAUUAUAUCUGCUUUGGCAAGCAGCAGAAAUCCAGACAAACUGGCACGGUUAUUGGAACUUGGUUUGCAAGGGGACAACACUAAAGUACAGAAUCUGGUUCUUGCUCUCAGGGCAGUGAGCUGGAACCCAUACGGACAACUGCUUGCAUGGAAUUUUGUGAAGGAAAACUGGAACAAAUUGAUAGAGAUAUUUCAGCUUGAUUCAUUCACUGUUCAAGAGUUUAUAAUUGGACCAGCAUCUCAGUUUUCAUCAAAGGAAGAACUGAAAGAGGUGGAGACAUUUUUUAAUUCUAUUAAGGAGCAGAGCUCCCAGCUGAGAUCCACUCAGAUUGCUCUGGAAAACAUAAAGAACAACAUCAGGUGGCUGGACAGGAAUCUGGGCGACCUCAGGAGCUGGUUACAACACGCAAUUGCAAACCCAUAGCUGUUGGAGAAUUUGACAAAUCAAAAUCCUUUCACUUUGUUUCGGAACUUGGGUCUUGUCAUUUUGUUCUUCCGGUGGUUGAAGUUUUUAAGGAUUCACAGAUUUAGAAGCUAAAACAAAUAUUUGUAGUGCAGCAGGUGAAAAUUGUAUUCAGUAAAUAUAACCUCAAGAUUGCCAUGUAAUUAUCAAACGUUCUUCCCUUUUGAAUACAUGCAGGAACACACACACACACACACACACACACACACACACACACACACACCUUCCUGUAUAUUAUUAUCUGUAAUUUUAAACAACACACAAUUCUAUAUACAUUCUAGCCACUUCAUCCACUUCCUCCACCUUUUUAAUCUGGCAUCUUCAACCUUCCUUUCCAAUCCUAAAGAAGGGAGUUAGCCUAAAACGUCAACUGUUUAUUCAUUUCCAUAGCUGCUGCCUGACUUGCUGAGAUCCUCCAGCAUUUUGUGUAUGUUGCUUUGGAUUUCCAGCAUCUUCAGACUUUCUCAUGUUUGAGUAAAUUCUGCUAUUCAGACCAUCAACCAUCUGGAUCAUUAAGGACUAAGAAUUAGCUGACAUUAUGUUUGAUUAAAUAAUCCUCCUGCCAAUGUUCUUUGCUGAACUUCUAUAUUUUCUGUUUGUUUCCAAUUCUGUACCCAACUUCACAUGACCAUGUUAGGCCUCCAAAUUAGGCCUUACCAGUAUCUUCAGGACUCAUGAAGGUUCUUGGCCUGUGAAGUCAACUCUUAUUUCCUGUCCAUAGAUGCUGCCUGACCUGCUAAGUUCCUCCAGCAUCUUGUACGUAAUCCAAUAUGAUAUCUGUUCUCAAUGCGCAACUCUAAACACCAAUUGAUUGGAAAAAGGCAUACUCAUAAUUGCAGAUUUUGCUUACAGCGAUCUAAUCACUCAAUGUCAUGAUUUAUUGAUUGAAAGCUCUACAUAUUAGGACAGUGACAUGUAUCAUACAUAAUGUAUCAAUCCAUAAUUAAAUAAAUAUGUUUGAAAAUCAUUCUCACUGACAGAAUAAACUAACCUGCAUCUGAUUUUCUUGUUAUGAAUGUGCUGCUGAAAAAACGUUGCUUUCAAGAUAAAUAACAAUUAUAUGUUUAACUUUUGGUAAAUGCUAAGCUCUCUAUUGCAAAUUUAUUUUCAUAGUCAAUGGAAAAAGUUCUUUCUUCUGCACAAGUUAUAAUGCUAAUUUGUACUUCACCCUUUUUAACCUAGGAUGCAUGAAAAUAGAAUUUAAUUCUGAAAUUCAAUGCACGUACCUUUACCCCGAUUGCAUGAACUCUGAACUGAAAGUUCUCUUAUUUUAUUGCAACACUCACAACACGCUGGAGGAACUCAGCAGCUCGGGCAGCAUCCGUGGAAAAGAUCAGUCGACGUUUCGGGCCGGAACCUUUCGUCAGGAUGAAGGGUUCUGGCCCAAAACGUCGACCGAUCUUUUCCAUGGAUGCUGCCCAACCUGCUGAGUUCCUCCAGUGUGUUGUGAGUGUUGCUUUGACCCCAGCAUCUGCAGAUUAUUUUGUGUCUCUUAUGUUAUUGUCCCGUAAAUAAUUUCUGUGUCAAAUUCUGUCUGCAAUAAACGAAAUCCAGCACAGAAUCUAUCGCCAGUUAAAUAAUCCUAAAAUCAAUUAAUUGAUAAAUUAAUUAAUAAAUUAAAGACUAGUUACUUGAUAAAUGUACUCACUAAGUGACAAGAAAUUCUGAAGACCAAGAACUCUCUGAGACACUAGUAGGUGAUACCUGAUUUGAAGAAUACUACAUACUUCAUGUUGAAGUAUUCUGAAGAUUUCCUUGUGAAGGGUUGCACGGGUAUACAUGCAUGAAACUUGUUCUGUUUCAUUGUGAAACAACAAGAUUAAAAGAGUUCAUUCUUGAUCAAUAAAAGAUUUUUGUAUGUGA